AUGGGAGUCAUUGUCUCCAAAGAAAAUCGAAAUCGGACUAAAAAAGUCCAGCAGACCGCCGCGGUUGUGUCAGCUCUCAAGACGGCUUCGAAGGACAACAAAGGGAAAGUCAGUCCCACUGUUAGCAACCAAAGCAAAGAUAGCCUGCUCGUUGAAAGACAAACACAGAAUAAUUCAAACGAGCUGCAAAACGCCAGGUUUUCCACAAGAGAUGAUGAUUUGGACAGAGAACACAUGGCAAGCAUGAAUCAUGACAAAACGUCGCUGUCGUAUGGUCUUCCAAAUUUGGGAAAUGCAGAUUCCUAUACCAGUGGCACGACAGGCUACUGGGACAAAAAUGACAAAUCUGCCGUUACUGUUCCAUACUUUGGCGCUUGGAAAAAUAGAGUAAGUGUUAAAAGCUAUGAAUUAAUUCACUGUUUAUCACAGGGCUGUCAACCCCCAACGUCUUCAAAUAUUGAGGAAUGAUAGAUGACGUUAGCCAGAGUCCCUCGCAGACGUUCUUACGGAUUCGUCACGCAAUCAUUCCUCUCCCACGAACGCGUGACGAACCCCUAAGAACGUUUGCGUGGGAGGCUCAGAUGACGUCAUAACGCACGGCACAUGACGUCCUUAGUGCAAAAAUACCAAUCACUCCGAUCGUCCAAAUUUGCGAUAAAGAUGUAGUUGGCAUUGUAACAUUUGACCUGAUUGGUUUACUUCCCACGAAGAGACCAAUCGCAUUACUAUUAUAAUAUUACAUUAUGGCACACCAGAGUUUUUGAGGAAACGAUCGAUGUUAACCUUUGAAUAGCCCAAACAAGGCAAAAUAGUUGACACUUUAUUGUCGGAAACUUGAGUCUACUGAAGAAAUGGCAAACUUCAGCAAUUAUCCGGGAGAUUUCAUACUAUAAUCUGGAGACCAGGAGAUACGAUCAAAAAUCUGGAGUUUCCUAUCCAGGAGAGUUGACAGCACUGUUAUCAUGCUUUCAAUACCUGGUGCUGGGGUGGUGGGGGGAGAGAGGGGGGAUGGCUGAGGGGCUUAGAGGGUAUAACCUCUGGUAGAGGAAGGCUGGUUGAGAGAUGGCAAUACACAUUUAAGAAUCGCAUAGGUAAAACAUGAAAAAGAAGAAGACAAGAGAGAACAAAGUAGGAGUCCUCAUGACACUCUCCAGUAAUGGACUCUCUUGUAAGCAGACAGUUCUUAUACUUAUGCAUGGCCACCUUCACAAAACCCCGUAAACUGCAAGCUCCAGUUACUGACACCUUUUUUGCCUCUCGAGGGUGUCCGCUUAUGAGAGCUCCCACUGUAUUCCCGGCUGGUGACCAAACCAGUUCCUAACCCUGCCUGGCGGGGGAUAACUUAAGUGCCACACUGAGUUUCAGAAGAAUUUGCAAGUUCAACUGUCAACUGUUGAACUGUUUAUUAAUUAUUGUAAAUUUUACAGAAAGCAAUAUCCCCUGCCAACAGUUAGCAGAUUAGCUAGUCGAGGUGAGCAGUGGUUAAUCUGGGCAUGCCAUGGCUCAGGCUUUAUUUGAUCCCUAAUAGAGACCAGGCUUUUCCAACUGUUGACUUGAACCAGACUGCAAAAAGCCAUCAACACUGAUGGGAAGAGAUGGUUUCCAGUUUAAAUUAAAUUGUUACAAUUACUGUAAAUUUGGGAGUGAUACUUUAAGACUAAUAAAAUAUAUUUCUAGAAGAUUGCAAAAUUUACAGACAUUACUGCGCUUUUCACAAACACAGGAACUCUAAAUUUCAAAAGCCGCCUUUGCAGUUGUAUUUUUUGCUGCUGUCAAUCAUAAUCUCAAGCACAACAAUAAACCUUUAAGAAACACACACAAACAGACGAAGCAGAUCGAAAUCCACCAAUCGCAAAUCAGAAAUGACAUGACCUUUUGGACCCAUUAAAGUAAAUUUCUGUUUUCUAAGAGGUCCGCUAUGAUGAUUGACAGCUGCAAAAAAUGCAAAUGUCAUUUGAACAUUAGGAUUCGCAUGUUUUUGAAAAGGGCAGUACUUUGUACAAGUUUGAUCGAUGGCUGAGAUAUGGUCAAUCAAAGACCAUGAAUUUUUGGAUUUUAGCAAGAUGUUGGUUUAUCUGUGUUUUUUUUUUUUUAAAUCAUUUUUGCAGAAAAAAGGAUAGGGAUACCUCUCACAAAGGAAGGGGAGCCACAGGCACCCCAGGACCCCCUAGCUUUGCCCUUGCCCUAAAAAAAUUUCUUUCAUCCCUUAUUAGGACAGUUCCUAUUGGCUAUUCCCAAUCUUGAAAGCAAGUGUUAAAAAUUUUGUAAUUAGUUUCUUUUUAAUUAGUUCUUUGUAGGUAGAGUAAUAAAUGUCUUGAAUAAAAUAAAUAAAUAAAUAAAAGUGUUAAAAAAUAAUUAUGAUUAAAAUUUAAAAUACUAAGAGUAACUUACAAUAACAUGAAUGAAUAAUGGUAAUAGGACUGAGUGGAGUCUAGUUCGGUCUGUAAUCAUAUGAGUGAUUAACAAAAAUCAAGUCCGAUUUGUUUAAUCGCGAGUAUGAUUACAAGGGUCAGUGAACAGCACUAGAUGUAUACCUUGAUGCGUCGCAUCUCAGUAUAUAUCCACCACUAUUCAUCUCCCCUUUGGAGGAUAGUUGUAUAUUAUUGAAGAAAAAUAGGAUCAGUUACAAAAAUAAACAGGGGAAAAUAACUUGUUAAGUCAAAAUAUGAUGAAGAAAAUAGGAUUAGUUGCAAAAUUAAACAGUGGAAAAUAAACUUGACCUCAAAUAAUUGUUUAUAAGCUACACUAUAUGUAAAUUUCAGACCUGAUGAAACAAACUGUAAUUUUUUAAUUCGUAUAAAGGAACUUCAAGCAAGUAGACAUGUGUAAAGAGGUGAUGGAGGUAAGGCUAGCUUUCUUAUUAGGCCCAUCAUAAUUAAAUUAUACUCUGAUAAAAACUUGAGCAAUAACAGUAAAUGACUGAAAUAUAUUCUCAUAAGUAUAUUAAGCAUAUCUACGUAUAUGUAUGCUCCCCCCUUCUUGUCAAAAACAAAAUGAACCUCGGAUUCAUGUUUAAAUUUAUGUAUUUAACUUAUUUUACAACCAAGAGUAAAGUCUAAUUGCUUGUAAACAAAUUAAAUUUCAUCACAAAAAAGUGCACAGAUAGGUGUAAAGAAUUAUCAUGCUAUUGAAAAUUAUAUAUAUAUUUUAUUUACUUUUCAAACAAGGUUGAAUAUGAAGAGCUGUGUUCUGUGUGCCAUGCAUACACGGGAGUUGAAGUUCACCCUUGCCGAGUUUGCAGCAAGGUUUUUCAUGAGCUGUGCUUAAAGAAGAAAGGCAAGUUGUAUGAUCAGUCUGAAUUGGAUGCAUUUAGGAAGGCAAACACNAAAACUGAAAGUGGGGGGGGUGUCAAAUGUUUUGGGAAAAAAAAAUGGUUUUUUAUGUUUUGUAUAAACAUAAAUAAAAAGACAAAACCCCAUAAAAACCUUUUGCACGCCAGGAAGGGACAAAAAAAAACAGGGGGGGGGGGGGGGGGAAAUACUCCAUAUUCCAAGAGUGACAAGAAUGAUCGAAUGGGAGCUGAAAUCAAAACCCAAAAAAAAUCCUUAGGGCUUCAAACAAAAAAUCCCUGGACCAAAUUUAACUCCCCCAAAAAUCCCAUGCCGAAUUUCCGAACCACAAAAAUUUCCAGAGGAACUAUGCAGCCAGGAUACACAGGAACUAUCACAAAUUUUCAGAUUGAAUACCCAAAAAAAUCCCUACUUAAAUAAAGCUACCCAAAAAAAUACUUGCCAAAAUUUUCCUACCUCAAAAAAUUCCGAAAUCAAAAAUUUCAAACCCUCAAAAAUCCUUAAUACCUCCCCCCUUCCCCCUCCCCAGGGUGCAAAAUAACUGUCAUUUCAGACUUCGUGCUUACGAGUAGUUUUUGUAUCAGUAAAUCUUUCACAAGUCUUGUACAUUUCGACAUUCCGAUACGUUCCUUUAUUUGCCGAUUGAUUCAUUUGACUUUGUUCUUUUGUUUUCCUUUAAUUAUGAAACAAUAACAAAAUCUACUUAAGUUCAUUUUUUACACAAAAGAGAAUGGUAGUUGAACAUGAAAAGCAUGAACAUGGACUGGAUAAGGAUGUUGUUGAAGCUCAUGAUAGUUUGGAUAAUGUCAGUUGUUCAAAGUUUCCAUAUCAUAGUUUUACCCAGAUCAUUUUUUAAAUGACCCAAUUUACUUCCAUGUGGGACAUAUGACCCACUUUGACUAAUUUCUGGAUUGAACACUGUGCAGGCUAGCUGUAAAGGGCCUAUUUAUAUUCCACGUUUGGCUAGGCUUACAACUGAGACAAAAUUAACUCUAGAAAUAAGGAAGAAUUUCCAUAAGUCCUUGUUGGUCUAUAUUCAUAUCAGGUUAAUUUUGAGCUAGGCUUUUUGUUUUUCAGGCUUUUGAGAAAUUUCUUAACAUAAUUAUAUCUCACAGGAAAGUUUGACAACCCUUCUAACAGAUGAAGAAAUGCAACAGUUGAUAGAAAAUUUUGAUAAACUAGAUAAAAAUCAAGGUAAUGACAUUUUAAUGUUACGCUAUUUACAAUUAGGGUUUUAAACUGAAUCCUUAUCCAAAGCAUUAGUGGUACUAGCCUCCAACGUAGAUGUCUUAGAACGCGUGACGAACCCCUAAGAGCGUCUGCGUGGGAGGCUAUAGCGGUACUAAUCCGCCGCCCAGUUAGGACAAGAGAGUUUUAGCAACGACGAUGGCGACGGCAACGAGAACGUCAAAACAGCAAUAAUAAUAUCACGUUUUAUAAAGGACGUAAAACAAGCGACGACGAAAUUUUCUUUCUCUUUCUAAACUUGGAAGCAGUCCCAAGAAAUCAACUCCAGGGAAAUUUGCCUACAUUAGACAUUUUCAGCGAAUUGAAAUAAACGCGACAAAGUUUGAAAAAACUCUAAUUCAUUUUAAAAGUGACGUUUUCGCUGCCGUCGCUUUCGUCGAUGCUAAAACUCCCUACAGUUAAGAGAACGCCGGUGUACCGAGUGGGAGGCCAUGGGUUCAAACCAACAUCCAGGGUCUUUAAAGAACUGGUGAGUUCAUGCUGGCUGUGAUUAAAGAUCUGAUCUCAGUUGAGAUGUUUGCGUCAUUAGGCAGUGACGUUAAGUCGUUGGCCUUGUCUUCUUCAUCCUUUCUUAUCAAUUGGAAAGGGACGUAAAUAACCCACACUGCUGUUCGAAAAGAGUAGGGGAAAUAAACCCCGGCGGUGUGGUAUAAAAAAGCGUACUAGUUUUUCAAGAUAGUUUUUCUCAUAAUCGUUUUUUAAGGCACGAAUAGCCUGGGACCAGGACCCGCAUUGGGGGAAAGGAGAAAAAAACCGACGUGGGCGAAAAAAAUCGGCGAGCCUUUUCCCCCUCCCCAGGCCACCACUCAGUUCGCUUCGUUCGCCGAUAUUUUUCCUAUUUAACCCCGUUUUUUUUCGUUUUUUCCCCACUGCGGAGCCUGGUCCCAGGCUAAAGGUUAAUUUCCACUAACGCGUUUUUGGCUACGCACGUUAACGAACGUAAAUUUUAAUCACGUAAAUAAAAUGGAGGCAAGAUAAAAGUGGUGAGCUUAAACGAGAAGUUGAGCGAGGUUCAACUUUUACGCUUUCGAGCGACCUUUCAUGCAUUACCCCUAUUUUAUUUGCGAACGUAAAUUUUACGCACGUAUGCACGUUAAAAUUAUGUGACACUGGAAAUCAACCCUAAGGCACGAAGCGCUCCAGACCUCUCGUUCAGUGUCCGUUUGCGCGUUCUUGACCUGCGCAAAAAACACGGACUGUUCUGCAAUCUAGCCAAUCAGAGUACAGCGUAACCUCUUACUUAACACUGCUUAAUACUUUAAUUUUAUUUCUAAUUUUAAUCUCAAGUUAAAAUACAAUUGAGAACAUUUUCGUCGUUGAUUCGUAAUAAUUGAAGGUUAAUCUUUUUCAGAUACCCAGAUUAAUGAAGAUGAAUACCUACGAUAUAAAACCGGAGAAUACAGAGAAAUACAUAACGAGAAAAUGCCAAGCUAUAUGGAAGAAGAGAUUAGGAAUGAGGUACUCUUGAUGAUUUUAUUUUCUCAAAGCGGUCUGUGAAAGUGAAGAGAACUUUCUACGAACAUAAAUGAUAAGGAUCAAACGAGAAAAAAUAAGAACCUUCAGUUUCGGUUUAGCCUUGACCACGAAGUCAGAGUUCGAUCAUGAAGAAAAGGAAAGUAUAAAUACAGUCGGACUACUACAGUACUGAAUUCGUAUUGUUUCAAAUCUUGUUGCUGCUAUUCUACCUCGUUGAAUUUGUCAAAUGUUGCCGUUUUUCUGGAGUUGAAUUUCAAAGGUGACUAUAUCCAAUUUUCAACCAGUUGAAAAUUCGACGUUUAGAUGUUCCGAACCACCUUAUUCGUACGAACAUUUAGUCGCCUAGCCGUUCAAAAAUUUGAACGCCAAAAUUGAGGUCAAAUUUUUAGCUGCCACGAUCGUACCCAGAUUUCUUGUCGACGAAGCCGAGGGCGAGUUCUGGUCAAAUCUGAUUUGUGCUCGUGAUUGUCUGUCAGGAAUGUGACAGACAAUGAAAGAGCCCAUUCUUGAAAUAAUUUCUCAAAAUGGGAGCCGUGUUUUGACGUGUUAAACAACGAAUUUGAUAGAGUUGUGAAGUUUUCUCUAGCAAAACGUGGUUAUACGAAGAGCUUAAGUAUGACCCAACUAAUUUGUUGCUGCUUGUAACAUCAACUUCAGCUCGGGAGUUAAUUAACUCUCUAACAAAACGUGGUUAUACGAAGAGCUUAAGUAUGACCCAACUAAUUUGUUGCUGUUUGUAACAUCAACUUCAGCUCGGGAGUUAAUUAAAAAUUUAUUAAUAAAGGCGCUGGCUUAAAGCUCAACUGAGCAGUACGCGUCAACUUCUAAGCGACAAUUUUCGUACCAUUUUCUGGAGUCUUAAUCUUGAUACCGAGAGAGCGUUCUAAAAAGUCUUUAAGGAUACGAUAAAAAUGAUUUUUCAAGUUAUAUUGAGACGGAAAACUACUUCUUCAGCAAAAAUAUUUAUUUAUCUCUACUGAUGACUUUGCAAAGAAUGCGCGCACGCGUCACGUCACGGCAUUCACGUCAUUCGCUCACAAUUAAUCUAGCCAAUCGAAAAUAUUGAAUUUUCUUACUUGACCAGAUCUCGCCCUCGGUUUUAUCAACAAGAACAAAAAACGUAUCAGUACUCCGAUGUCUUUUUUUUUGGCAGUUUAAACAAAUGGACAAGGAUCAAACAGGUACAAUUGAUUGGUGGGAAUUCCUAAAUCAUGAAGCUUUAAAGCGAAUCGGUGCAAACAGAAGUAAGGUAAGAAUAUUUUUCUUUCUGAUUUUCUAAGCAAUCAAUUGACAAAACAGUUUUCCAAGAAAUCAGUGAGUUUGCCCUUUACAAGUUCGCCCGGUAGUGAAUUAGCCCCCUAUUUUCCUGGCCCCGGUUGUUCAAACGUUGGAUAGUGAUAUCCAGCCGAUAAAUCACUAUCCAGCGGACAAUUGCAAUAUCCAAUGGAUAGAGAUUUAUCCACUGGAUAGCGCUAUCCAGCCGUUGAACAACCGAGGCCUUGUGGUAAAUGAUUUAUGGAUAAAAAACCUACGGAUGGAAAGCGUUGCAAGUUAUUUUCAUUGUGAAGAAUCCGGCGCAACUUGUGACACAACUUUGUUAAACAAAAUAACAGGCACAAGAAUUGUCUCGACUGAAGUUAAUGACCAUUUUAAAGAUGAAUGUCAGACGGGGUCGCUGUUCAGCCGAAUUGCACAAUGGAGCUGUUUUGGGGAAACUAUUGCUCUUCUUAUUGGAAACUGGCCAAAAAUUCACUCUCCAAAACAGUCCCAACACGCGUGCCCAAGUCAAAAUGGCUAGCCCACUCGAGUUUGCUGGAGUUUUACUUUGCAGACGCAUACAAACGUUUAUCCCUUUACUAUGAAACUCUCAAAACCCUGAACACCAGAAUUGUUUCUUGAAAGUGAUUGUGUUGAAGGGAAAAAGCCAAUCAGGAGCGGGAAAACUAAUACGAAAGCAGCAAAUGGAGUAUAAGUUUUUCGUUUUUUGGCUUGACGGCAUGUCCUGAUUUUUGUUGUGAUUGGUCAUAACACAAUAAACGUUCGUAAAAUAUUUCAGGUGUUUAUAGUUUUAGCAGUUUAACAAUAGAUCUGUGAUUUACAUGAUAUUUUUCCGUUUACGAACUUAUUUAGUAUGGGCUGAAGAACAUGGAGAUCGAUGGAGUUGGACUUCUGGCCCCGGUUGUUCACACAUUAGAUAGCGCCAUAUACCGGAUAAAUCCCUCUCCAGUGGAUAAGGAUUAGUUAAACCACUUGCGUUUCAGUUCACUGACUAGAGGUUUAUCCAGUGGAUAGCCAGUGUGUCCACCUGGCAAACAAGACUGUUUAUUCGUCACUUAAGAAACGAAAAGGGGACUGGAGCCGAAAUGUGUCCCGCAAUUGUUUGUGGGAUCGUUGCUGGGUGGGGGAGGGGAGGGUCGCCGCGCCGCGCCGAUCAGCUAUUGGCAGAAGUCUUUGCAAAAGCUAACGCGGCCCAGUUUCCUUCUCGUUUUUAAAGUUGCGAAUGGGCCAUUUCGAGGCUGCAUGGGAGACUGGGCCGGUGUUGUGUCGAAUUGCACUAUGGAAAUGUUUCGGGGUUGCUUUUUUUAUUGGCUUAUACAACGUUGCGCGGGAAAGUGGGUCAAAGUUCGUCCCCGAAAACAGUCUCACUGUGCCUUUCGACGCAAAGUAAACUUACACUCGCGCGCGACCUUAAAUUGCCGAUACCCUGCGGGAAGUAUAGGGGAAAAUUCGGCGGGCGGGCGAGAAAGUGAAUGGCGCGCGCAAUUUUCUUCUUUGGCGCGGUUAUAUGGGAAUAGGUAUCAGGACAUGUCUUCAAUGUUGUUCUUAUUCCUUGCAGUUUCAGCUUGUUAGAAUGCUGUCCCCUCUCGAGAUCCAGAAGGCUCGAGAUAUUUUCCACGCUUUUGAUAAAGAUGAGGAUGGCUAUAUUAACUCCCACGAAGUGGCUGUUGGAUUUAACCGUUGGUUUGGAAAUCUGAGAGUAUUCGACAAAGACCGGUAAGUUAAAUCAGUCCUGUAUUCCUUGGUCUUCUUCGCAACUGUUUCCGGGGGGACUCCCAUAUAUAAGUGAUGGGGACACUAGUCGGAAAAUUAAAAUUAAACCCCUAAAGGCUAGUUUUCACGAGCGACGGAGUCGGUGUCGGAGUCGGCGUAAUCAGAAGCGUAGAGCUUAUGAUCUAAUGAAAACCAGAUUGUCGGUGUCGGAAGCAGAAGCAGAAGAACCAAACCAAUCACAAAGCGUGGGAUUGUGUAUUGUGAUUAGUUUAUCCUUCCGCUUCUGCUUCCGAGUCCGACAAUCUGGUUUUCACUAGAUCAUAAGCGGAAGGUAAGCGACGGAGUCGUAAGCGGAGUCGAAAUAGGGAUGGAAACGCCUUGAUUCUUCUGACUCCGAUUCCGGCGCGCUUAUGACUCCGCUUACGACUCCGAUUUUUGCUUUUCACUAGGUCAUAAGUGUUCUUACGACUUCGCUUACGACUGCGACUCCGACUCCGACUCUGUCGUUAGUGAAAACCAGACUGAAGGGAGACCCAUGAAAAUGAGACUAAACUGACCCGAAAACGGACUAAAACGGACACCACUGCAUUUUUUGUUAAGUUCUUCAUGCACAGCCCUAAGCGAUACCUGAAGGGGCAAAUAUAGUGACUUUCUGUCCCAAACACCCUAAGUGAGGCCAAAAUCUGCAACUUACAUCUCUAAGCGAGACAACGAGCAUCCCCGUCAUUUUAUGUGGGAGUGCCCCCAGGAACCGUUUGUAACACACCAUAACACUCUCAAAAGUCACUUGCUCAUACGAAAAAUAUAUUGUGCUUCAGGAGUUCAUCAUUCGGUAAAGGCCUCGAUCCACGGGAUAUUUCUGGACAUGUUGAUCGCCAUACGAGGAUGUUCAUGGAUGCUGACACGGAUAAAAACAGGUACUGGGCUCUGCUUCUCGAAUGUCCCGUCAACCUUACAGACCCGAAGCCAUAUUUUAAAAUCUAAAUCUAAAGCCAAAAGAAAGGAAGCGCCGGCUUUAGUCCGUAACUAGACUUGCAGCAAGUCAACCUGACGAGUUUCAGUUUCACAACAGAGAGCGUGUGGAGCGAGCUUUUUAUAGGACGAAGGACUUUUUCGACACUGUAUCCCCUAACCAGUGCAUUUGUUUCGCAAACUGAUAGUCUUUUUGCUUAACAUUCAAACAUAUUAAAACAUCGGUCUUGAAUGGGAACAAAACAUCGUUCCGGGCCCGGUAAUUCCCGCGGGAUUUUCGGGAAACGGGCCCCUAGAACGUUAGGGUCGCAAUGCAGGGAAAAGGAUACUGUGUCUCCUCGUUGGUUCCAGGAAACAAUAACACAUUGUUUAUCAUUAUUUCCAUUGUUUUACGCUCCGGGUAGCAACCAAUAGAAAGUGAAAUAUUAAAGAAAGAACAAAAGUACACUUUCACAGGUCUUAUCCGUACAACCAUUUUGAGAUUUUGCGUGGGACUGGGUCGGGGUUGUGCCGAAUUGUAAUAUGGGACUGUUUUGACCCAGUUUCCUGUGAAACCUUGNAAAUCUGCAACUUACAUCUCUAAGCGAGACAACGAGCAUCCCCGUCAUUUUAUGUGGGAGUGCCCCCAGGAACCGUUUGUAACACACCAUAACACUCUCAAAAGUCACUUGCUCAUACGAAAAAUAUAUUGUGCUUCAGGAGUUCAUCAUUCGGUAAAGGCCUCGAUCCACGGGAUAUUUCUGGACAUGUUGAUCGCCAUACGAGGAUGUUCAUGGAUGCUGACACGGAUAAAAACAGGUACUGGGCUCUGCUUCUCGAAUGUCCCGUCAACCUUACAGACCCGAAGCCAUAUUUUAAAAUCUAAAUCUAAAGCCAAAAGAAAGGAAGCGCCGGCUUUAGUCCGUAACUAGACUUGCAGCAAGUCAACCUGACGAGUUUCAGUUUCACAACAGAGAGCGUGUGGAGCGAGCUUUUUAUAGGACGAAGGACUUUUUCGACACUGUAUCCCCUAACCAGUGCAUUUGUUUCGCAAACUGAUAGUCUUUUUGCUUAACAUUCAAACAUAUUAAAACAUCGGUCUUGAAUGGGAACAAAACAUCGUUCCGGGCCCGGUAAUUCCCGCGGGAUUUUCGGGAAACGGGCCCCUAGAACGUUAGGGUCGCAAUGCAGGGAAAAGGAUACUGUGUCUCCUCGUUGGUUCCAGGAAACAAUAACACAUUGUUUAUCAUUAUUUCCAUUGUUUUACGCUCCGGGUAGCAACCAAUAGAAAGUGAAAUAUUAAAGAAAGAACAAAAGUACACUUUCACAGGUCUUAUCCGUACAACCAUUUUGAGAUUUUGCGUGGGACUGGGUCGGGGUUGUGCCGAAUUGUAAUAUGGGACUGUUUUGACCCAGUUUCCUGUGAAACCUUGUAACAGCCAAUUCCGGCAAUGAAAGAAGUGAUAGCGUCCCCGAAACAUUCCCAUGGUGCAGUUCGUCACCACACUGACGCUGUGUCCAUCUCUGCCUAAAAACUGGCUUAUAAUCUCCAAUGAUCACUUAGAAUUAUUUUGGUUUACUGAUCUCCGUACGUUUUUAAUUGCUUCUCCUUUCGUCGACCAUAGCAACAUAGCUUGCGAACGCAAACGUAUUUCCAGAAGCAACGACCGGAAAUACGUCUGCGUUCGUAAGACAGCUAGUAAAGCUCAAUGACUGCGUAGCAGGCGCCGGUCUUUGUUUUUUUUACAGAGCGCGCGAGGGGAACACGCAAUAGGGAAAGGAGCCACCACUCCUUUCCUCCCUUUUCGCGCCUGCGCGUUCUCGAGAUUUCUCGAGAAAAAAACCCGGCGCCUGAUACGCAGGCUAUUUUAACGGCUUGUCUGUAUUAUUGCAGAUUGGUGUCAUGGGACGAAUAUUUGAGAGAGCAGGCUCUGUAUAUUUUAGCUGCAAGACCAAAUUGA